AUGCAACUGACAGCUUCGGUUUCGCUCCUGCUCCUGGGGCUGGCCUCCGUUGGCCAUGCAGGCAAUGUGGAAAACAACCACAAUGUCUGCACCGUCCGAGCAAACGGGGGUCAUCGAGACGACGUCCCCAAUAUAAUGGCGGCGUUCAAAGAGUGUGGCAAUGGAGGUACCAUCAUUUUCCCCGAAGACCAAUCGUACUGGAUUGCGACGAGAUUGCAUCCAACAUUGAAGGAUGUGGCAAUCGAAUGGCGGGGAAAGUGGACAUUUUCCGACAAUCUCACCUACUGGCGUAACAACUCCUACCCAGUUGCGUUCCAAAACCACCAUGCGGGCUUCAUUAUUAGCGGCGACAACAUCACCAUCAAUGGUUAUGGCACCGGUGGCAUUGACGGCAAUGGAAAUACUUGGUACACAGCUGAGAAGGGCGACACACAGCCGGGGCGUCCGAUGCCCUUUGUCUUCUGGAACGUGUCUGAAGUGAUUGUUGACAGCUUCUACGUCAAGGAUCCGCCUCUAUGGAGUAUCAACAUCAUGAACGGGACUAAUAUGCGCUUCAACAAUAUCUACUGCAAUGCCACGGCUGUGGAUGCCCCGUGGGGUGACAAUUGGGUGCAGAAUACGGAUGGUUUCGAUACUAUGGACGCUGUCAACAUCCAGCUCACCAACUUUGUCUACCAGGGUGGAGAUGACUGUAUCGCUAUCAAGCCCCGCUCCUACAAUAUCGACAUUCAGAACGUCACCUGCCGCGGUGGCAACGGCAUCGCCAUUGGCAGCCUGGGUCAAUACUUGGAAGAUAGCAGCGUAGCUAACAUUCGCGUGGACAAGGUCAAUAUCCUCCGAUACAACGAAGACAUGCACAACAGCGCCUACCUCAAAACCUGGGUGGGAGCUCUCGUUCCCCAAAGUUCCUACGAAAGCGCCGGUGUACCUCGCGGCGAUGGAUGGGGCAGCAUCCGUAACGUACUAUUCUCAAACUUCAACGUACAGGGAGCGAGCGCUGGCCCUUCCAUCAGCCAGGACAGUGGAGACAACGGUUCCUACGCGGGUACAAGCAAGAUGUCGAUUUCAAAUGUUGCGUUUGUCAAUUUCACGGGAUGGGUGGAUACUGAGAAGUCAGUGGUCUCGACGGUCUCGUGCUCAGAGGUACAUCCGUGCUAUAAUAUCGACUACGACAACGUGGUGCUGUAUCCAGGGAAGAAUGCCACUACAGCUGGAACGGGGUCAUGUAAAUAUACGGCGGAUGGUGGUGUACAUGGCUUGAGUGGAUGCUGA